AUGAGUCAGUCCUCCUCUUCCUCUUCCACACCCUCUCCUGCAGAGGGUGGUGAUUUGGUCUCCAGCCUUGACAAGCUUUUUAAGGACUUCAAACUGGAAAGUAAAAUGGUCUCUCAGGAAGCCAUCACAUUGAUUCAGUCAGACCUGGAGAAGGGGGACCUUCAGAGAGCAGUUUCUGCAAUUAGUGAUGCACUGAGAGACAUUGACAAUGCCCCUCUGAACAUUGCUGUGAUUGGGGAGUCUGGGGCAGGGACGUCCAGCUUCAUCAGUGCCCUGCUGGGAGUUGGGCAAGAUGAUGAAAACGCUGCCCACACUGGGUCAUUGGAGAUAAACUUGGAGAGAACCAAAUACGAAUACAAAAAAUUUCCCAAUGUGAUGUUAUGGGACCUGCCUAGCCUGGGAACCACUCAACUUCCACUACAUGAGUAUCUGCAGAAAAUGAAAUUUGGGGAAUAUGAUUUCUUUAUUGUCAUCUCUGCUACAUGCUUCAAAGAGAAUGAUUUGCAUCUGACUAUGGCAAUUAGGAAAAUGAAGAAGCAUUUCUAUUUUGUCCGAACUAAAGUGGACAUUGAUUUAAAGAAUCUAAGAAAGUUGAAACCCAGCACAUUCAAUAAGGAUGAAGUCCUGCAAAGGAUCCGCAAUUACUAUGUGACUCAGUUGGAGAAAGCCAAUAUGGGUGACACUAACAUCUUCCUAGUCUUCAGCCUUGAAUUGUCUGACUUUGAUUUCCAAUGCCUAAAGACCACGCUUCUGAGGGAGCUCCCAAUCCACAAGAACCAAAAGCACCACAUCUUCAUGCAAUACCUGUCAACUGUUGCUGAGGUUGCCAUUGAUGAGAGGAGGGAUUCCCUGAGAAAGAAGGUCUGGUUGGAGGCCCUGAAGGCUGGAACUUCGGCCUCCAGCCUUUUCAUGGGUUCAUUCAGUGAUAAUGAUAUGGAGAAACUGGAGGAGAGUUUAUCCUUCUACAGGUCUCAUUUUAGUCUGGAUGAUGCAUCCCUGGAAACCACAGCCAAGGACUUUAACGUGUCUGUACAGAAACUCAAGGCAAACCUCAUAUCUCCCCAUUUGCUAUCAGUUGAGAAGGAUGAUGAGUCAUUAGACGAAAAACUGUUGAGAUAUGUGGAAAAAUUCUGCCCUGUUAGUGCCUCUCCUUUUUACAUUGAGAUGAUUUUCUGUUUACAAAAUUAUUUCCUUGAGUGUGUGGCAAUGGAUGCUAAAGUUCUUCUUAGAGAAGACAAUUUUAAGGAUGUUGUGGGCUCUGGACCAAAUUCCCUACUUCAGCAUGUCAGGAAUGAUAAUGGGAAAAGUGAGACACCCAGCUCCUGA